AUGAACCAAUUUCCGCCUUCAACUGAGGCUAGCAACUCGAUUCCUGGAAACUUUAGCUCAUUCUCUAGCAUACCUCUCUUUCAUCCAACGCCGCAGCUGUUGGAGGCAGUAGAUAAUGCGAAUGCCCCUGCGGUACGAAGUCUUUUGACACCUUUCGCUCCUGGGCUCUGCGUGUGGUGUGAUACCCGCCAAAACAGUCUCUUGCACAGAGCUGCGGCGUUCACCUCUCCAGAUUGUCUGACAGAGCUACUUCUGUCUCAGGUGAGAUUUGUCUUUUCACAAAACGUGCAAGGAGAGACUCCACUUCAUAUCGCUGCUCGUUGUACCCGAAAAAUUACUUCGAUUUUACUUCUUGUAGCCAAGUACGGUGCCGCUUGUGUUUUGGAUUGCAAUGGAGACACAUUCCUACACUGUUUGCUUUGCAACGAGAGUAUCAGAGACAGUCAGCUACUUUUGCUCAUGCAGGCGCUGUUCGACCGGGUCGACGUCACCGAUCAGGUCAAUGCCGUCAACUGUAGGGGAAUGACGCUCUACGAUGUAGCGUUCCGAUGGCACUCGGGUAGUGCCGCGUUGCUGGAGCUUCUGUUACGACACGGCGCUAUCUCUGGCGCGCUGGUUUUACAUGACAUGGUGGCGACUCUUGUCAUAAUGGAGGAGGAGGAGCGCGGGGCCGUGACGCAGCGCGAACGUGCGUCAUUUGCAUCGAUGCGCAACGACGAAGGAGCAGAGUAUGCGCGGAUUCGACAGCAGAAUCGUGAGCGAAGAAAGGUGAUUCAAAAGGAGAGGCGAAGACGGUGUAUGCUUCUCGACAAGGAGGUGGCUAUGUGGGCGUCGCUCAUGGAAAGGGAGGCAAAAUCAGCAAGUAGUAUCGCUGAACACUGUGUGGCGCGAGAGUGCUGUGCUGCCGAAUUGCAGCGCAUUGGGAGAGGCUUUCUGGUACGGGGCACUGUCCACACGCUGUUGGUGAGGAGAACCAAGCUGCGGCUCGUUGCUGAAAAAGAAGCUGAGGCCGCCGCCACUGCUGCCCUGGCGAUGGCUGCGGAUGUCUAUGUCGAUGAGAGCCAGGUCUUCGGAGUCGAAUCGGGCGAGAAGCUACCGACACUGGUCGUGCUUCCUGCUCCUCAAGAGGUACCCCUCCGUGCUCUUCCUGAGAAGCUUCUUGUGCAUAUUCAGUCCAUUGCGAAAAUGUGUCGAGCGAGGCGCCAUUACUUACACAUAAGACGGAUGACUAUUAUCCUACAGCGUGCGUUGCGGUUCCACCAAGCCCAGGUCGCGCGCCGACGUCAGCAGGCCAUCGACACGCUUCUCAGUGCAGUUCGAAGAUACCAAUUCAGCAAAGAAUGCCGCAUCUUCGUGGAAAACCUGAUGCUGAUGCGUAUCAAGGCCAUGCUGAGAGAGGUGACGCGACUCGUGACACAGCUGGUGUGGCGAGAAAACUUUUGCAGUGCGUUUCGCGAAAUAAUCUUUAUGCAGAGGCGUCGCAUGCCGCCCCUACCCGAGCAACUUUCCCGUUUUCGCCGCCUGCAGCUGCUUACCUCGAAGUUCGAGCGGUUUGCUUUGCUGGCUCAGUUUUUGGUCAGUCUUUUCCUCCUUAUUUACAUGGGGUUUGCUCCGCGAACUAGUGCCGUGCAGAUUCACAACAAGGUUGACAUUGCCAUACUGUGCGUGGAGCUUGUGAUAGUGUGCUGUCUGCCCUUCUCUUUGUGGCGUUUGUGGGAUGUUGCGGUUGUCGCCACCGCGCUGCUAUGCGCAGCGGCAGACUAUUAUGGUGGAUCGAUCGUAAUUACACUCUUUACACUCAAGCUCCCGUUUGUGGUGCGUCAGUUUGCGCCUCGCCACCCGGGCACGUGCACGUAUUGUCGCUCCAUCGAAUACUCGGCAGUCUACCUGCUGAUGUUCCUGCCCAUUGCUGUUGUAGGGAUCGGCUCCACUGUGCGUAGCAUCGCUUUAAAUCAUCUGCUGCUCACACAUGAAGGCAAUUGGUGUCGCGUUUUCCUGUCUCUGCUUAGCACAGUGAGCCCGCAGUACACUGCGCUUCUUUUGAUCCCCAAGGCGAAUACGAAUGUGGAUACGAAGUCUUUAUGGACAUUGCGUGCGCAGCAGAGCCGCUUUGUGCUUUCAGAUGGCGGUGUUCUUGUGCGCCUGCAAAUACCGCUGCCACAGCUCAUCGUCUUCCGUGUUGUCAUGUGGCUGUACUGGUGGUCGGCGGUGAUUGUUGGUACACACAACGCCAUUCGGCACCACUACGAUAUUAGCGACGAGACAAAGCUCAAGUUGAACAAACAUCGCUUUUGCAAUGAGGGCAAGGAGGGGCUCUUUGAUGCCCACCGUGCGGCCACCAUCGAGGCCCUGGGGCAGCAGCUUGACGGUGUGAUGUGGGAAGACGACGUACGCGCUGCCAAGGAGGCCAUUGAAGCGUCUCACUAUGAGCAUACCACCAACACCACGGUACACCGCUUUGUGCGCCGCGUUCAAGACACGCUGGACAGUCAGGGAGGCGUAAUACUGAGCGGGCAGGUUCCACAGCGGUCUCCGCUGGCGAAGAAACCAACGAUAACGGACGCUUCGAAGUGGGACUGCCGCAACGAGGAUCCGCAUUCACGCUGCACGUACGACAUCAGGGUGGUGGGGACAGCGCUUGGUAUGAUCGAGCGCAAAAGUCGUGGCGAGCGGUUCAUUGAGCGGCAGUGGACCGGCGCGCUGCUUCGAAAGGAGAUGAACUGGGUGCUCAUUGGCAUGCUCGUUAUGGCAUCUGUCAAACCCAAUCUUUUCGCGAUGGAGGCAGCGUUCAGCUCUGUCUUCGCUGUGGAGUUGGCGGCAUCGCUUUACUUUCUCCGACUCGAGUUCAUCUUCUCUCACUACGUGCGGCUCAUGCUUCGGGUGUUCUGCGUGGUUAUCGGAUUCGUACCUGCUGGCGUUCCGUUUGUCGUUUUUCGCAGCCUGCGACUUGUGGAGGGGCUGUCGCUUCUGUUUAGCGUUCCAGGCAUGGUCCGCUGGGGUAUGGUCUACCUCGUUGCCUCGUUCUUCACGAUAUGGAUGAUCUCCUAUGUGGCCGCCCUGCAGCUCCUUGCUGAGGCGGAGCUGCGGAUGUGGACCUCCAUUUGCUCGAGCAAAAGAAAGUGCCUAGCUGUCUCGCUACGGGAUCUCAUCCUGCCCACCUUCAGGGCAGAACAUAUCAACCUCGUCUCGAAGGCCCCUGUGAUGGCGAUGCUCGUUAUUUUUACGCACUUCUGCUUUGUGCCAUUCUUCCUCGCUAUCACACUGCAUCCCCUUCUGCGACUGUCGAACUUCUUGGGGCGUUUCUUGCGCUUGGUGGUGCAGAGCCUUCACAAGGAUGUCCUGGACUACCUGAAGAACUACCUGGAGGGCGCGUCUUGGUACACACACUGGAGUCUCAAGACGGAGGUUUCGGUAGAGGUCAUUGUGCGGAUGAAGAUUUGGCUCAGUGAUUUGAGACGCCGUCGCAUCAACGCCGUCUGGGGCUCGUCGCCUAGAAGCAGCGUGACCUCAAAUCUGUGCACAUUACCGAAUACAUUCAUUAAGGGAUACAAGGUGGAGACAGUGGAGGCGGUGGAGGAGUUUACAGCACUGACAGAGAUCAUCUGCCGCGGCGAGUUCGCCUCUUUGGAAGAAAACAAUACGCACGACCGUCUGAGUCGGAAUCCGGUCAUACGGUUUUUGAGCCGCGCUGUCAUCCGCAACGUGUACGUGCAUUACUUUAACUUUGCGCUCACCUUUGUAUCUAUAGCCUUUCUGUGGAUUGCUGAUGCGUCACUGGAUCGUAGCAACGUCUUUAUAAUCACGUCUUGUGUGGCUCACGUGGUGAGUGUAGCAGUGUCGAUUGUGGUGAUUCCGCAUGAUUCGACUGCCACCAUGACGUUCGUGUCCGCGUGCUCACUGCUGUGCGCCGUUGUCGUCGUGCUGAUACCGGGGCGGCGAUUCAACAACUACUACUGUGUGCGAUUCCUCUCGGUGCUGCGCCUUGGACAGCUUCAGGUGUUCCCUUUUCAUGAGGCGAAACGGGUGGUGAAAAUGUACAUUAACUCCGCAGUCAAGAUUGCCUUCCCGGUUGCUGUGAUGGGCGGCGCUAUAUACAUAGUAGAGCUACUUCGGGCGCAGGUGUUCAUGGUUCGAUUCAAGUCUCUCGCAUGGAUGAAUAUCAACUGGAGUAGUUCAGCAGAGGUGGAGGCAUUGCGGUCGAACGUAUCCUACCCGGAGUUCCUGGCGGCCGUGCCGCGUAGGCACAUUUCGCGUCCGAAUGUCGAGGAGACCUCCGACCUAUUUGUCGCAUUCUUUACUGAGGAUGCGUACAUCUUCUACUCCAUCUACUGCUUUGGAGUACUUCCUGGCAUCUGUAUCUCGACGUGUCUGUCGUAUCUCUUCUGGGUCGGCAACAACCUGAGAGACACGAACCGGCUCCUGGUGGAAAUGAUCCCUCUGCUAGAGGACCCGAUUACCAUGUCUGGGAUGAGCUGCCACCGAUGGCUGUACCGCUACGUAGGAAACGUGAUUCUGUUGGCGAGCCUCGUCUUUGGCUGCAUCUUCAGCCCUACUACAUCAGCUACCUCGGAUGACCUCAACUUCUUCUUGGGAUUUGAGGUGGCCUUUACCCUCUGCGGGCUCGCUGAGGCGAUCAUGACGUGCUUCUUCGCUGUGCACCGCUGCGCGUGCUCCAGCGUCCGCUGGGGGAUGUGCCAGGACGACGCCAAAAAACCAUACGUGCUCUUUGGCGACUGCCUUUUUCUGCUGUGUGAAGUGAUUCAGCUUCUUUACUACUGCAUCGCUGUGACGCUGUGCUCGACGCUUCUGGUGGAGCGUGCAGACUGCCUCAUAUCCCCAAACGAGUACGCCACCGUCUUCAUCACGACUCGCUUUGUGUUUCUGCUGCGUCUCCUGAGUCGCGAGAUUCUGCUGUCACUGAUGCGCAACCUUUUUUCGAUGUUUAGCUGCACUGCAGGUAUCGUCGUCUACUUUGUUGCCUCCGCGAGCGCAUUGGCAGACGUCUACGCGGCUGAAACUCGCACGAGAUACACACCCGCCACGUGGCGCGCUGCGUUCGACGCCGUAUUGCGCCUUGCCCUCACCUCGGCCAUCCCUGCCAAUUUUGAACGCUACUGGCAGCCGUUUAACAGCACCGCCGUCGCGUCGGCGAUGCAGAACCGCUCGAUCACCCUCAUGGUGAUUGAGGAGUCCUACACGACGUCGCGUCUGGCCUUUGCGUUGGCUACCCUCGGAAAGGCAAUAAUGGCCAGUGUUGUAGGCCUUCUCAUCGGCUCUUUGAUCACAACAGUGCGAACUGUUUUUCUGGAGCUGCUGCCGCCGAAGAGCUUGUUGCUCUACCGAACGCUGUGCGGUGGACUGAAGGAGCUAGUGCGGUUUGGCAUGCAAAACCACGAUGACAUGCAGCCCCACACACGCUGCCGUAUUCAGUCUCGCAAGUUCACGCGCAUAUUCACAUCAGAGGGAAUCCCGUCGUGGUCGGUGCCGCAUCUGCUGGAAGAACUCGGGAUCUGCCGGCCUGUGCGGCAGCGUAGGUUCGUGUACGCCUUGAUGAGACUGCUGGAGUACAUGCCGACGAGUGAGGAGAGGCAGGGGCGGGUGCGCGAGUACAUGCAUGCGUGGGACAGCUACCGCUGUGGCGGGCCAGCCCGUGUUCUCUUCUGUGAGCUACCUGUUUAUCCUUUUGCUACGGCGUCGCAGACAGCGCCAAACCCAUGCUGUGCUUCAUCCUCCCCUACAACGAUGCGGCGCGACUGCUAUAUCGCCCCGCUGCGGCUUAUGCAGGCCCUAGCAAUCUUUGAGCUCGGAUUCCCGGCAGACUCUUCUGUGGGCUCGAAACUGUGGUUGGAUUUUUUCUCGGUGGUGCAGAAGAUGCGCGGGGCCACGCUCCUACAGUCGCUGUGGCGGAUGUUUCGUGAAAUGAAGUCGUUUGAGAGCGAUCCAAGCCGCACAUCGUAUGAACGGGCGCUGAUCGCUCACCUACGCCGCGCGUUCCGGAAGCAAAAGCUGCGCAGCAACAUCCGCUUUCUGAGUUUUGCCUCCUUUGAGGAGGCGAUACGGUACGAGCGCGAUGCGUUCAACCCAAACACUGGCCAUUUCGAUGUGUUGAACCGGCUGCGAGGCCAUUUCACUGGACUCAGCGCCUCACCCGAUUUUUGGAAAAUGGCUCGCGACGCCGACAGUAAAAAAGACUGA